AUGGGCACUAACACUCUCGGCGUCACUUCCCUCCUUACCAUCGCAACCAUUGCCCGUAUGUACGGGCGUACAGAUAUUGAAUAUCAGGAUCGCAGCUGGCGUCUUCUAGAAAGCAAAGGACAGAUGGAAUCUGAUGAUUGGAUGUAUGGCGGUAUGAUAGUUGGUGCUCUUUGGAAGUUCAAGUCUGGUUCUUUGGUGGAUUGGAGGGUGAGAGUUGGGAGUAUCAGUGCAGGGAGCGCAAUGGGGGCUCUGGGGUAUUUAGGUUGGAGGUAUGGAGUCAAGGGGGGAAAAUGGGAUGAAGAUUAA